AUGAAAGAUUAUGAUGAACUUCUCAAAUACUAUGAAUUAUAUGAAACUGUUGGGACAGGUGGCUUUGCAAAGGUCAAACUUGCCUGCCAUAUCCUCACUGGAGAAAUGGUAGCUAUAAAAAUCAUGGAUAAAAAUGCACUAGGGAGUGAUUUGCCCCGGAUCAAAACGGAGAUUGAGGCCUUGAAGAACUUGAGACAUCAGCAUAUAUGUCAACUCUACCAUGUGCUGGAGACAGCCAACAAAAUAUUCAUGGUUCUUGAGUAUUGCCCCGGAGGAGAGCUGUUUGACUACAUAAUUUCCCAGGAUCGCCUAUCCGAGGAGGAGACCCGAGUUGUCUUCCGUCAGAUAGUAUCUGCAGUUGCUUAUGUGCACAGCCAGGGUUAUGCUCACAGGGACCUCAAACCGGAAAAUUUGUUGUUUGAUGAAUAUCAUAAAUUAAAACUGAUUGACUUUGGUCUCUGUGCAAAACCCAAGGGUAACAAGGAUUACCAUCUUCAGACAUGUUGUGGGAGUCUUGCUUAUGCAGCACCUGAAUUAAUACAAGGCAAAUCAUACCUGGGAUCGGAGGCAGAUGUUUGGAGUAUGGGCAUACUCUUAUAUGUACUUAUGUGUGGCUUUCUACCAUUCGAUGAUGAUAAUGUCAUGGCUUUGUACAAGAAGAUUACGCGAGGAAAAUAUGAGGUUCCUAAGUGGCUCUCUUCUAGUAGCGUUAUGCUUCUUCAACAGAUGCUACAGGUGGACCCAAAGAAACGGAUUUCUGUGAAAAAUCUAUUGAGCCAUCCCUGGAUCAUGCAUGAUUACAACUGUCCUGUUGAGUGGCAAAGCAAGAAUUCUUGGCAGUAUGAUCACCUCACAGCUACCUAUCUUCUGCUGCUAGCCAAGAAGGCUCGGGGAAAACCAGUUCGUUUAAGGCUUCCUUCUUUUUCCUGUGGACAAGCCAGUGAUACCCCGUUCACAAACACCAAGUCAAAGAAUCUGAGUCUAGAAGAUAUGACAACAAGUGAUGAAAAUGAUGUGGCUGGAUUGAUAGACUAUGACUGGUGUGGAGACAGUUCAUCAAUAGGUGUGACCACCCCACAAACACCACAGUUUGCCAAGCAUUGGACAGAAUCAAAUGGUCUGGAAUCUAAAUCAUUAACUCCAGUAUUAUGCAGAGCAUCUGCCAAUAAAUUAAAGAACAAAGAGAAUGUAUAUACGCCUAAGUCUGCUGUAAAGAAUGAUGAGUGCUUUGUAUUUCCUGAGCCAAAGACUCCAGUUAAUAAGAACCAGCAUAAGAGAGAAAUACUCUCCACACCAAAUCAUUACACUACACCCUCAAAAGCCAGAAACCAGUGCCUGAAAGAAACUCCAGUUAAAAUGCCAAUAAAUUCAGCAGGAACAGAGAAGUUAAUGACAGGUGUCAUUAGCCCUGAGAGGCGAUGUCACUCAGUGGAACUGGAUCUCAACCAAGCACAUGUAGAGGAUACUCCAAAAAGAAAAGGAACCAAAGUGUUUGGGAGCCUUGAAAGGGGGUUGGAUAAGGUUAUCACUGUGCUUACCAGGAGCAGAAGGAAGGGCUCUGCCAAAGAUGGGCCAAGAAGACUAAAGCUUCACUAUAAUGUGACUACAACCAAACUAGUGAAUCCAGAUCAACUCUUGAAUGAAAUAAUGUCUGUUCUUCCAAAGAAGCAUGUUGACUUUGUACAAAAGGGGUAUACACUGAAGUGUCAAACACAGUCAGACUUUGGUAAAGUGACAAUGCAGUUUGAACUAGAAGUGUGCCAGCUUCAGAAACCCGAUGUGGUGGGUAUCAAGAGGCAGAGGCUUAAGGGUGAUGCCUGGGUUUACAAGAGAUUAGUGGAAGACAUCCUGUCUAGCUGCAAGGUAUAA